AUGGGUGACAUCAAACGCUUACUCAUCCUAUCAAUCAUCUUGCUCCUGUUCUUGUCUCAGUCCCUUCUUUUGUGUUCAGGUCACGGCGACGACGAAGCUGGUGUAACGAGGAAGCUCGGAGUUUUCAUAAGGAAAAGGGCAAGGUACACAAGACCUCGCACCACCACAUCUGCUUCGGCAACACUUGCGUCAGGCUCCUUCCAUGUGAUCGCUUGA